AUUUGAAAGUUAAGAAGAUUUACAUCUGCCGGAAUCAGCUCAGACAUUGCGUUGAAUUUGGACUUUUUUUAAUUCAAAUAAGUUUCAUUGAGUUGGCAAUUGAGCCAAUUGACCCUACAUUCUUCAUUUUUAAAUAUUGAAGGAGCGACAAAUGCUACAUCAGUGGAAUUCCAUUCUAAAGUCACUGGUCUCCUCGCAUCACUUGCCUGUAGUCUGUAGCUGUGUUGGUCCCGGUUUUGAAUGCCUGUAAUAUAUAAAUACAUAUAAAUUUUCUUUAUCGGUAUGGUUAUUUAGUAAGAGUGUGUUAGUACCUGUCUGGCGCCUUAUGGUACAUACUAAGAAAAGAUAAGCCGUGAUCACGCUUUGAGAACGUGAACACAAGACAUGACUAACUUUAAAUAUCCAUGUAUAAGGUACAUAUGGGUAAAUAUGUCCAUUAACAUAUUGACGUAUUUCAGAAUCGAGGAUAGAAAAUAGUCAACCUGAAUCAAAAUAAUAAAUGAUGAUGAAUAGUGCUUAGGAUUAAUGCAAAAUAUAACUAAACUUAAAAUCUGGCAACGCUGGAAUGAAUAAAGGAAGAGCGAGGUACCAGGGCCGUAUUUUUUAUAGUCUGGAACGCUGAGACUGAAACUUAUACAAAAUGAAACUUGUGUAGUAUAGUACGUCCGUAUAUAGUCGUAGUACGUGCGUAGUAUAUAGCAUAUAUACUAUAAUAUACAAUGAACUACUAAUGGGUAGACGGUACGAGAUCAUGAAAGAGUGGGAAAAGAAAUAUCUAGAGGGCAAUGCGAUAGAAGGGGAAGAAAAAGAACGAACGAGGCUUUCUGAGGCCGUUUUCGUAUGAGUGCCAACUGAGCUGUGUGACGUUAAACGUGAAACAAGGUUGAUUGGAAAAUGAAUUAGUUUACAUUUUUGUUAUAACUUAUGUUUAUUGUUAUUAAUAUUAUUAUUAUUAUUUGUAUAUAUUUGUACGUGUUAGUGUUGUUAGUAUGGUCAGCUGUUUUUUGUUAUGAGCAUUUGAAGAAAUUGAAAUUCAAAGUGUCUAAUUUAGUUAUUGGAACAAGGAAUAAAUUAUUGUCACCUGCAGCAUCAUUUUCAUCUUCAUCAAAAAUGACGGACUAUAUUAGAAAUAAUCUGCGUGAGAACUUGCAUAAUUUAAAGUCUACGGCGAAUCUGCGACUUCCGUCAAUUCAGCCGGCGUCGCAGUUACCCAACAAUAAUAAUAACAACAACAACAACAAUAAUAAUAUCUCGUCCGACGAAGUGGAUAAUCGCGAGUUUCCACGGGCAGAUUACCGCCUGGAGUCUGUGAGACUGCAGAGCUACACCAGCUGGCCUCUGAGCUUCAUGGACCCUGCGAAAAUGGCAGCGGCUGGAUUCUAUUACACGGGCCACAAUGACAGUGUCAAAUGCUUCGAAUGUGGAAUCGUAAUACGCGAGUGGGUAGAGGGCGACAACCCGAUGUCGGAUCACCAGCGUUGGCAGUCCAAUUGCCGUUUCGUAAGAAAAUUGCCCUGUGGUAACGUGCCGAUUGGUGUUGAUCCAAGUACCGUUCCGUCAGUGAGUCCUAGAGGCCGUGACGUAUGCGGUCGUUAUGGAGAUGAAUUCCGACCUGGCGCAUCGCCAGACUUUCGUUCUGGCCAGACAGAAUUCCAGUUUCCCAGUACUGCUAAGUUGGGAAGUCAAAACCUCGCCCAGCCCAAAGGACCGGCACAUCCGGAAUUCGCGAGUUACGACGCCAGAUUAAAAAGUUUUGAAUCAUGGCCCAAAUCUAUGCCACAAACCAAGGACCAACUUGCUGACGCUGGCUUCUUCUACACCGGCACUGGUGACCAAACUAUCUGCUAUCACUGUGGCGGUGGGUUGAAUGACUGGGAGCCUAAAGACGAUCCAUGGUUCCAGCACGCCAAGUGGUUUAAAAAGUGCUACUACGUCCUGAUGGUCAAAGGCCAAGACUUCAUCAAAAGCGUCAUUGGUCAGCCUGUCGCACCACCUUCUCGUGAGGAGACGAUGCAGAUGAAUUUGCCCAGCUACAUUGAAAAAGUAAAACCACCAGCAAUUAUUGAGAAACCAGAAGAAGACCCCGAGAAUAAACCUAAAGAAAAUGAACCUGAGGAAAAGAAACCAGAGGCGACGAAACCCGAGGCAGAAGUUGAGUCGGUCAGCAAUAGUGCGGAUGACGCCCUUUUGUGCAAGAUUUGCUAUAACUAUGAAUUGGGGGUGGUGUUCCUGCCUUGCACUCACAUGGUGGCUUGUACUAGGUGCGCGGCAAAUAUGACUUCUUGUCCGGUGUGUAGAGAGCCCAUCAAAAUGAUAGCACGCGCUAUAAUACCUUAGUACCUUUACAUUAGCACUAUACAUUAUAUCCUAAAAUUAUUAUCUAUGUAAAAAUUUUAAAUUUGAAAAUUAAGAUAUUUAAAUUUAAUACUAAUUGAAAUAAUUGAAUUUAAUCGAAUAAAAUUACCGCGUGACUCAUGACGUCUUGUAUGCGGGUAAAAUUCUAUGCCAAUUUGAAACAUAAUCUUCUUUCAAUAUAGAGAAAUGAUUAAUAAUAUAUAUACAUAAGUAAUAAAUGCAGUAAUGCAUUGUUCGUAAGAUAAUGAGACAUUACUAAGUCGAAAACUAUUUGCCUUGUCUUAUGUAAAGAAUAUAAUUACAAUUAAUAAUUAAAAAAUAAUCAUAUUAAUUAUGAUAAAUUGAAACGUUUAACAUUAAAAUUAUAAAAAUUGAAUUUUUUUUUCAAAUUCAUGUUUUGUGUUUGUUAAUAUUAUUUUUGUAUUUAUGUAUUAAUUUAAAAGAUUAGAUUUUUUUAAUUUUUUUGUUAUUCGUUUAUAUAUCUAAGUACCAUAGAAUUGUACCUGCAUAACGACAUCUAGUCAUGAUAGUAUUACGCGUUACAAAUCCGAAAAAUAAUUUAUUUAUUGUUUUGUCGAAAAUUUUUUCUUUGUUUAAUCGUUUAGAAAUAAUAAAAAAAAAAAUGAAUGUACAUUUGGUUCAUUAUCAUUUGAACAUGUGAUUAUUAUUAUUAUUAAUGUUAUUAUUAUUCAGAAUUCGAUUAGCGUUGAAUAAACUAACCGGAAGCGCCAUAAAUUAAAUGGUGAAUUGAUAAAAAAACUCAUGUCAAAAUGAACAGAAAUCGGAUUUUAAUUCCAAUGACUGUUCUUUAAAAAGAAAAACUAAAUAGAAUGUAUAUAGUAUAAGAUAUUAAUUAAUAAAAUAAAAAUUCAUUUUGUUUAAAACGUUUAUCUCAAUUUUUAGGAAAUCUUCAAUUGAUUACCUAUUAAUAAAUUACAAUUACAACAGUAAUAAUAAUAGUGGUAAUAAAAUCACAGUGAUUAGAGAUUUUUAUAAUGAGUAACGUAAACUAACAAAGUGGAUAAUUAUGUCUACGCCAGUGAAAGAUUCGGUUUAACAAUAACCGAUUUAAAAAUGUGAAUUGUGACUCAUGAAAAGAAAUAAACCAGACUAAAACGCGUCAUAACACGUUGAGUUUUCGAAAACAUUAUUAUUGCUAUUUUUAUAAUUAUUUUAAAUUUACAUAAUGUGCAUAUGUGUAUUAUUUCUAUUACAUAACAU